AAUGACAACAAUUUUGGAGCCUAAGCAUGACGAGUUGUACAUUUAGCACAGAAAGUUGUACAUGUUUUUUGAAGGGAAAAUAUUUCAAGGAAAAUUAACAUGCAUAAUUUUCUACGUUCGCUCCAGUCAACUAGACUUCUGGAACUUAGCUCCAUAGCUAUUAUCAGAUCAAAAAUAUUGUCUUCAAAUCAUAGAUACUGCUCAAUUACCAUAAAUGGCCCAGUUGGCAGCAAGGAUGAUGAGGAUGCCUACGUUUCCAUACUACGAAAGUGCAUUGAUGCCUCAAAUUUGAGAAAUGCAAAGGCAAUCCAUGCAAAAAUCUUCAAAGGGGAUAUUUGUGGUUCCUCGUGGCUCUUUCUGGGCAACCAUCUGAUCAAUGCGUUUGCAAAAUGUGGUGAAACUUGUGAUGCUCUUCAACUGUUUGAUGAAAUGCCCCAGAAGAAUGUGGUUUCUUGGACAGCCCUCAUUGCAGGCUUUGAGCAAAAGGGUUUGUCUGCGGAGUCUUUUUCUCUCUUUAAGCAAAUGGGUGCGAGUGGAAUGAGGGCGAAUGAGUUUACCUUGGUCAGUGCUCUCCAUGCCUGCAGUGCUGCGGAUUUUCUGGGUGUAGUACAUGUUUAUCAAGUUUAUGGUUUGAUAAUCAGGCUUGGAUUCGAGUCUAAUGUUCACUUACUGAAUGCUUUUUUGGUGGCAUUGAUGAGGCAUCGCAGAUUGAGUGAAGCUUUCGAGGUGUUUGAGGAGAGUCAUCAUAGGGACAUUGUCAGUUGGAAUACUAUAAUAGGUGGUUACUUGCAGCUUUCUUGCAGGGAAAUUCCGGGUUUUUGGGUUAGAAUGAUUUCAGAAGGCAUAGUUCCGGAUGGAUUUACCUUUGCCAGUGUACUAACAGGGUUGGCUGAGCUAUUGGAUUUUGAAAUGGGAGUUCAAGUACAUGGGAAGCUUGUGAAGUCUGGUCAUGGAAGUGAGAUGUGUGUUGGGAAUGCCUUGGUUGAUAUGUACCUAAAAAAUCGGAAAUUGGUUGAGGGCUUUAAAGCAUUUGAGGAGAUUCCUUUACUUGAUGUGUCCUCUUGGACUCAGAUGGCUAUAGGUUGUUUAAACUGUGGGGAGCCUAAUGUGGCACUUAAGGUUAUCGGAGAAAUGAGGAGGAAGGGUGUCAAGCCAAAUAAGUUUACUCUUGCAACAGCAUUCAAUGUGUGCGCCAAUUUAACAUCGUUGGAGGAGGGUGAAAAAAUUCAUGGCCUGAGGAUUAAACUUGGGCAUGACGUGGAUGUAUGCGUAGAAAAUGCUUUACUUGAUAUGUAUGCAAAAUGUGGAUGCAUGAGUAGUGCACUUAAGGUUUUCCGAUCAAUGGAUGAAUGGUCAGUUGUCUCAUGGACAACUAUGGUUAUGGGGUUUGCACAGAAUGGCUGUGCUAAAGAAGCUCUUGAAAUUUUUGAUGAGAUGAGGCUGAAAAGAGUGGAGCCUAACUGCAUUACUUUUAUAUGUGCACUUUAUGCAUGUAGCCAAGGAGGAUUUGUUAACGAGGGAUGGAGUUAUUUCUCUUCAAUGAGCUCUCAGUAUGGUAUUGACCCUGGAGAAGAUCACUAUGCCUGUAUGGUAAGCCUUCUUGGCCGAUCAGGGUGUAUUAAAGAAGCUGAAGAGUUGAUCCAUGGCAUGCCAUUCAAACCAAGUCUGCUGAUUUGGCAAACAUUGCUUGGUGCUUGUCGGCUUCAUGGGGAUAAUGAAACUGCAAAACGUGCAGCAGAACAUGCAUUGCAUCUUGAUAAAACUGAUCCUUCAGCUUAUGUACUGUUAUCUAAUACAUUUGCCAGUUCAAAUAACUGGGACAGUGUUGGAAUAUUGAGAGAAGUAAUGGAAAGUCAGGAUGUGAAGAAAAUGCCUGGGUCCAGUUGGAUUGAACUAGACAGAAAUGAGUCAGUAACUAAAAGUCAUAGGGUAUCAAUAUGAGAAGAAAUUGGGAGAAAAGAACAUAUAGCAGCAGAAUGAGAUUUCUGUCCAUCAUCAGCAUCAGAAUGAAAGUUCUACUCUUCAUCUAUUUGAAGAAUUAAGAGAUCAGAGGUUUGUUAGGACACUUUCUAUAUGGUAUAACCAUAUCGAAGGAUAAGUGGCAGCAAUAGCCUUUUUUCCCAGGAGGUUUAAGAGUAUUGCAAGUUUGAAAAGCCAAAUGUAGUUCCGCUAUGUUUGCAAGUAACAGUCAAGGUUGGUAAUUCAGGAGAAAGGAAAGGUACACCAUCUACAUGUUUGUAAGUGGGGUGGAGGAAUAAGUAUCAACUAUGGUGCAUCCAUGUCACUAGAAAGUAUGAGUUGAUUGGAAUUGAAUGGAGAUGACUCGCUGCCUUGAGCUCCUGGAAAUCCAUAUGGAAAGUAGUGAUUAAUAAGUAUGCCAUGCCAGGUGCUAAAUUUGACAUUCUAUAAUGGUUUGUGGAAACUUGAGGAACUGUUGGGUCACCAUUAGGCAUCAUCUGGUGUAGUCUUGAAGAGUUGUUGUUGUCCAGCAUAGUCUCUUGGGUUAUUGUCAUGCAUGAAAAUUCUGCCUUUCAAUAAGUAGCAAUAUUUAGGUAUUUGGGUCUAGUACUUCAACUCUACUUCUAAAUUUGAUUACAAGUCGUGUCAAUUGGAUGCAAGAGCUUCAGAUACCAAACAAACCCUAUGUGAGGAAUACAACUCCUGAGUUUCUCCAUCAUUUUGAAGGGCAGUUGGCUUUUAGCCAUCUGUUGCAGCUAGGUCAUUACCUAAGAAUUGCUUCUUGAUAUUGCUCCAACUGCUAAUUUCUUGCCAUAGUCACAGGAUAAAUGAGACCAGAUGGACUUUGAGUAAAAAUGGUAAAGUGCCAGUACGUGGUGCCUUUGAGAACUUAAGAUAUAUGGCUGGUUUUUUUUUUUUUUUCUAUGGCUCACUCUGGUGUCAUAGAAUUAUAGAAUUCUCAGAUGCUCCUUUAUACUCCAGUUGGUUUUCCAUGGGCCAUGGCAAAUGCUUUUCCAAAGAAUCUGAGGUUUACCUUCUAUUCUUUUGGCAUUUGCACUUCUCCUGUGGUUUAUGGAAGCAUGGGUCAACUUUAUUUGGUUGUUAGAGAGCUGAAUCAUGAAGUACCUUGGUAUGGAUGGAGCAGUGGGAGAUGAAGCGCUUUCGCAAUGAAAUCAAUCACAAGAAGGCCAUUGGAGAAUCGACCUGUGGGCUUAUGGAAGUAUGUCAUACCAUAAGGCAAACUGGAAAUGUUGAAAACAGAAGGUACACCAACCUGACGAAUCCGGUUACCUGUAUCUGCAAGUGAAUCACCGAACUGGUAAAUGUAAUCAAAGCGACAUGUGGUUUCUUCGGCAGCAAAAGCCAUACAAAACAGGGAUAAAGCUACGAGAAAUGAGAAAUUUGUUGACGAGGACAUGGUUGGUAGCAUGUUUCCCUGCAGGAAUUUUUUCGCUUAGUCCAUCAGUGAUGAUGGAUAUGUAUGUAGAUGUAUGAAGCACAAAGCACGCAAGGAAUUUAUAAUUGGGAGACUUGACAUUAACCACACGUUCCAUAAAAUAUCUUUGUUCCGUAUCCACGUGAAUUCAAUCAAACUUCUGAAUGCAAUGCUGAGAUGAUUCAAAUGUCGUACA